CAAGGCUACAGGUAGUUGCCCAAGCCGCGGACGAGAAAGUCGCCGCGCAGCGCCUCGAGAAUGGCGAUAAUCGAGGAGAUCCCCGCGCCCGCGCCCGCGCUCGCGAGGCCCACACCCGCUGACCAGCGCAGCGGCUUGAGGGGAGUCGGUGUCGCGAUCGCCGAGGCUGCGGCCGGGAUGGGUCCGUCCGAGCCGAGCAGGGUGGCGGCGGCGCGGGCGCUGGCAGAGGCGCUGCUGUCCAAGGAGCAGGGCAACACGGCUUUCGGCGCGGGCGAGUACGUGGAGGCGCUUGAGUACUACUCGGAUGCCAUCGACGCAGUCACUGACGAGUGCGCCGAGCGGGCGGUGUUUUACGGCAACCGCGCCGCCUGCUACGCGAGGCUCGGCGAGCACCAGAACGCGGUGGCGGACUGCUCGGCGGCGCUGGCCCUGCGACCAGGCUACGUCAAGGUGCUGCUGCGCCGCGCAAAGGCGCGCGAGGCGCUGGACGAGCCUUCGGAGGCGGCCGAGGACAUGAGGAGCGUAGCGGAGCAGGCGCCCUCCGGCUCCAAGGAGCGGCGCGAGGCGACGGCGGCGCUGCCUCGGCUGGAGGCUGCGGCGGCGGCAAAGCUGGAGGCGCAGAAGGAGGAGAUGCUCGGGAAGCUGAAGGACUUGGGCAACAACAUCCUCGGCCGGUUCGGCAUGUCGCUCGACAACUUCAAGGCGGAGAAGGACCCGGCCACAGGCUCGUACAACAUCUCCUUCGGAAAGUGAUUGCGGGUCACCGUGCAGCUUCCCCUCCGGCCGGGUCUGUCCGCUGUCGUAGUCACGCGUGAUUCGGCCAGUGGGCAAGCCCACAGGAGCAGCCGGCGCGAGGACUUGCUCGCCGUGCUGGUACGUGUGUGUGAGAUGUGACGGAAGUCUUUCGCUUUCCGGAAUCCGCCUGGCAGGGGCGGCGCUGCCACGAGCCAGCUGCACCGGCCACCGCGCUCUGGCGUCUGGGGGUCGUGUAUCUCCCGUAAUGCGCGUAAACUUUUAUGUUUGAUGCAGCGCGGGC